UGGAGCCUGCACUGAGGAAUUAUCUGCUGUCAGGACCCGUGCCUGCACCAGGGCGAUAGGGAGAGACGGAGCCAAGGAGCCAGGCUCAGGCCACCGCAAGGUGAGGGUGCCGCUGUGCCGGAGAGGAGGAGACUCGCAACUCGCCGAUGGCGUCCUCCGCCAUGCAGAUCCUCGCCUUUGCCCUGGCGCUGCUGGGCGUCCUGGGCGCCACUGUGGCCACGCUGCUACCCAACUGGAAGGUGAGUGCCGACGUGGGCUCCAACAUCAUGACUGCCAUCUCCCAGAUGCAGGGGCUGUGGAUGGACUGCACCUGGUACAGCACCGGCGUGUUCAGCUGCACCUUGAAGUACUCCGUGCUGUCGCUGCCCGCCUACCUGCAGACCGCCCGGACGACAAUGGUUCUGUCGUGCAUGAUGGCUUGCCUUGGCCUCUGUCUCGCUGCCCUGGGGCUCAAAUGUACCCGCUGGGGGGGCAGUCACCGGGCAAAGGGACACGCGGCCAUCGGGGCGGGGGGUUGCUUCAUAUUGGCUGGCAUCCUUUGCUUGGUGCCCGCUUCCUGGUUCACCAAUGAGGUAAUCACUACCUUCCUGGACUCCAACGUACCCGAGAGCAGUAAAUACGAACCUGGGGGGGCCGUGUACGUGACCUUUGUCUCUGCCGGCCUACUGCUGGCCGGUGGGGUCAUCUUUUGUUUGUCGUGUCCCGGGAAAAGAGAGGGGCAGUUGGAUUAUACGUCGACAUCCACCUCUACCACAUUUCCUGACAAACUACUGCAGCAGCAGAUAAACCAGGAGCAAAUACAGCGCGACCAGCUCCAGCGUGACCUGAUACUGCGGGAGCAACUGCAACGGGGGCAGAAGGACUUUGAACAGCAGACGUCUCCUAAUGAGCAGUCAAGCCGCGAGCAGCUUCAAUGGGGUGACAAAGGGCCCCAGGAUGAGGCCCACGAAGCUGACAAAAUCCAGCAGGAGGAGCCUCUACAGGAGAAGCCUCUACAUGAAGACAAGGGAACGCAACAGUUCUACUCUCCAUCCAGAGUCCCUCCAAAAGACGCCCGGGCUGGCUACAGCCUGCAGGACUAUGUUUAAUAUGUUUUAUCCCUAAACCCUGCUAUUGUUAGUGGGGUGGAGGGAGAAUCCUGUGGCCAAUCUACUGGCUGCCUUUGUGAGAGGGAGAGAGUGGAAGAGAGAAAAAAAGGGUGAGGAAGGAGGAAGGUAAUGACUUUGACAGCCUUAUCGCCUCCUCUCAUCUCCUCUCUCUUGCUACUGCAAGCGCAAGCAGUAAAGGUAUUCCCAAAGUCUUGGAGAAAGGCAGCUUGUGGAUCCAGAAUCCUGGGGUAAAUGCCUCCUUGACUGCUGCUGUGGUGGGCGGAAAGACACAAGGGUAGGGUAAGGGUAGGGUAGAGGAGAGGUGUCAUAAAAAUGCACAAGCGCAGCACAAGUAUUGUAUAUCCUGUGACAAGUUCCUUUAGAAACGGACGCGGAGGCUUUUCCAUACCAAAGGGUUUCAAUGGGAAAACAUUGCUGAUGAUAAUUAGCUGCUAAUAAUAUGACAUCAUUACUUUUGCAUAGUAAGUUACCCACUGGGCACACACUGGUUGAAUAAACAUUGUUUCCAUGUCAUUUCAAUGAAAUUACGUUGAACCAACUUGGAAUAGACGUUUAAUUGAGUAGCGUCGAUGUGUCUGAAAAGCGAAGGUGUUCUUUGCAAGCUUGCAUCUCUUAGACCCCAUUUGCCUUGUGAGAUUAAAAUAAUCAUACUCAAUCCUAUUUUCAAAAGACAAACAGACUGAUUGAUAUUCAGCCUUCUUAGCAUGCUUGUUAAAUAAUGCAGCUCGUUAAAUGAUCUGUAGCUUGUUAAAUAAUGCAGUGGAAUGGAGAGUAGUUACCAAAACGAAGCUACCAAAGCAUGUGCCUAAAAUGUGUUUGUAGAACUUCAACUGUUUGUAAAGGAGAAUUACAGAAGACUAAAUAAAUGAAAAGGGAGUUCAGAUUCCCACCAAUACCACACACACACAUCCAGUCCAUCUUGGAGGAGCAUAAGGUACAUGGCACCAGGGCAGACUUAGUGAUUUGGAGGCCCCAGGCAGAGGCCAGUCUGAGCCCCUCUCCAGUAAUUUUAACUGUAAA